AUGCCUCCAAGGAGUGACAAGGCAUUCUGGCGCUUUGCAAGAACCGAAAUCAAGCCUACCAGCCGUCUAGAUGGGUCUGAACCAUCGCCAAAGCGCCCCAGAACAGAUGGCAUAUCUUCGAUGCGUCAAAGCUGCGUUCUUGAUGGCAAGGAUGCUUCUGAAGCAUCCACAUCGCAUGCAAAGCGUAUAAAGCUUCAAGUAAACCUCCGGAAAUCUAUCCAGAUCGACGAUACUGAUACAUCCGAUGAUGAGCCGCUGAUGAAUCUCAUCGCUGCAAGGUCUGGACGCUCCAAAGAAGGUGAACGAACGAUCGUCGCGUCAGGAGAUCAACACAACACUGGGGUGGGAAAUGCUUCUCAUCUUGCUCAAGGUUCUCAUGGCUCAGACGACGAACCGCUCAUCGACCGCGUCAAGGCGAGAUCUCACAAGCAGCCAGAGACCGAUACAAAAAUGUACCCGGGCGCUGCACCAAGAGCAGAUGGCGAUGUCGAGAAAUCCCCUGACGUACCCGCAGCGCCAUCAUGCCUGUCGCCCUCCUACAAUGCGAUAUAUCAUACAUCACGCGACGACAAAACCCUCUUCACUGGCGCCGACACACCAGAAGACCUUUCAAGCACCACACUCAUGCUUCAGAACUCCGUUUACGGCGAAAAAGCUAGCCUAACGCCGGCCUUCGAAUCCGUCAGCUCCGCCCCAUCCAACCCAUAUGCAGGUAGCUUCGAAGGCUUUAGGAGAGUGCCGAGCCCGGACCGAUUGUUCACAAACAUGCGGUUGCAGGAUGUGAACAAGCUGAUCUUGGCUAUGGGGCGAGCUGAUAGGAAGAGGGGUGCUGCGAAAAGGUCAGCACAGAAGAACAAGGCUGAGAAAGGCAAAGGGAAAGUGGGUGGGAAGGGGAAGGACGAGAAAAAGGUUGAGCUGUUGUUGAAUGCUGAUGCGGCAGAAGAUAUGCCGAUGGCUGAUGGUUGCCCUGAUGAGGUUGGUGUGGAAGCGCCAGAGAAUGUCGAAAUGGAUGACUCUGAUGGUUUCAACGGGACAGGCGUUCAUGCUGGUGGUGACGCGGAUGAGGAACGUGUCGACAGUGACGAUACGAUGGGGGGUGACAAGGACGAUGAGUGUGCUGCAUCUCCUGCUGCGGCGAAGAAGCUGAGGAUGGUGGAGGUACCCGACUUUGAGCCAAGAGCGAGCGCUCUUAACGAAGCCAUCACUAAAGCCUCGAAGGCCUCAGCAAAGCGAGAGACUUGCAUCCGUCGCGCAGCGCGUUCCACCCCUGCCACCGAGAUCACCAACCUCACUGAAGACGAGCCCACAGAACUGCCACCAACCAUUCCUCACACUAUCACAAAGAGCGCCGUCUCCCUCGCAGACCAACUCUUCCUCGAGCCGCCUUCUCCGCUCCCACCUUCAGAAUGUCCCAAAGGGGCCGUCAAGCGUGAAGCUGACUUCCUGAAAGGCUUCAACACCCAUUGGUGGGCAGGCGGGCUCUCCCAUCGCGCCGCAAUCCAGUCUGUUAACGCUGCCCUCCGCUCUAGCAUCCCGCGCUUCAGCGAGGAGGAAGGUAGAUUUUGUCUCCGCUCGCUGUUUGCGCAGAACAAGCUGGCCAUCCGCCAUGAUCUGGUCUACCAUCAGGACUGUGAUCCGGGUGCAAACGCUCCUCCACCAACACCGCUGAAGGAGAGACAGUACAUCAGUCCGUCGCAGCAGCUCGCACGUGACUUGAGGAGGGUGGAGAUGCAGCCUUAUCGUUCGUCGUUCGGGAAGAUCUCGGAGGCGAGGUAUAGGGUCCUGGAGAUGAGGCUGGAAAGUGCUGUGAGGAUGGAGAGGACAGUUUUCCAGGACGGGGAUGAGACGAUGAAGGGGUGCGCGAGAGCAGUGAACGAGUGGAUGUCGGAGGGGAUGAAGUUUAGUGAGAAGGAGGUGAGGGCGGCGCUCGAGUAUUUGGUAAGGCAGGGGAAGGUUGAGAUUGAGGGAGAUGUUGUAAGGUUGGUGUCUUGGGAGUAG